AGCCCCACCAUCACUCCACCCGUCAUAGGCACGCGACCUCUUCACGCCCCCGAGGAGGAGGAGGAGCUGUAGUCGGAGGGAUUCGUGCGUGUUGCCUAAAAUGGACGGGGGCGAUGACUUCUUCACAGGAGCAGAGGACGCUCCGGAGCAGCAACAGGGGGGUUACAAUGACCUGGGAAGCGGCGAGUACGGCGCGACCGGCGGCGACUACGGCGGGGGAGACUUCAACGGGGGCGGCUUCGACCAGCAGCCCAACGGGGAGGUGGCGCAGGCGAACGGUACCGGCUUCGACAACGGGAUGGGCUUCCAGCAGGACAACAUGGGCUACGCGACCCUAGAUGACCCAUCAGGCGGCAGCGGCGGCAACGGCGGGAUGGGGGAGAUGCCGGACAUGGGCAUGCCGGCGCCCGAGGAUGUGGAGCCCAGCGCCCUGGAUGAGUUCAUGGAGAGGUGGCAGGCCGGCCUCGUGGAGAAGGCGAGGAUAGAGGCCGAGGCCAAGGCGGCUGCGCUGGAGGCGGCGAAGGCGGACCUCGAGACCCACUCGGUGGAGAGAGCCGCCAACAAGGAGGCCAAGAUGGGUCAGAACAGGGAGCAGGAGCAGAUUUUCCUGGAGCAGCUGGAGGGGGAACUCGAGAGCGAGAACCCGUGGGAACGGGUGGUAAGCCUCGUGGACACGCAGUCCGAAGUCGUGGAAGACUUCAAGGACACAAGCCGGAUGACGUCCAUUCUCAUCCAGCUCAAGAACGAUCCCAUCGACACCUCCUCGACAGCAGCGGCGUCGUAAUUCUUGCUCACUACCCCUCCCCCGUUUUUUUCUGAUGUCGAGAGCAUGCCACGUGUAGCAUUCGCACUCUCGGCCUAUCCAUGCCCAAGGUAGGACCUCAAGCGAAGGUGAUCCCUUCUUGGCGUUCACCCGUUGCCCACCGACGUCGCAGUUUCACUGCAGUUUCACUGCAAGUUUUUCUUUUCUGGCCUCGGUGGUUUGAUUUUGUUUGUCGGUGCUGCUGCUUGCUGUAGGCGUACAUCGGUCUUCCCCCCCCUCCCCCCCAGCGAAGGAUGGGGUGUUGAGGAGGGCCGGUCGUCUAGGGGGUGGAGAGAUUGUUCUCGGAAAGUUCUCGAAAAUUUCGUCGGGUUCUGCUCUGUCUCUCUCAUAUUUCUGUACGAUCUGUGCACGCGCGAAUGAUUGUACAUGGAAGUUGUUUUCCCUCCGCGGCGCGCAAGUACAACCAUAUAGGUACGAUGCACGCACGCGUGGUCUAGUAGUGCUUGUUUCGGCGUUGGUCUGGAAGACCUUGGCAUGGGUGGCCCUACCCGUUAGCUUUGGCCAAUCUCUUGUUUUGGCAAGUGAGAUUCUUUUUUAUGUUUCUUUUCUGGUGUUCCUUGCGAGAGAACGACCAAAAUUGUUCGCUGCUGUGCUGCGGCUCACUCGAGGGUGCACCGUGGACGCGUCCGUUCAGGGACGGCAAAGUACCUCGCUGAUUCACGGAGCACCCUUGGAAUGUGAUAUUUAUUUUGUUCAUGCGAGAGGCGCACCGUGUACAAGAACUGGUUGUGGACGGCUGGCUCUUUUCUGGAGCCAAACAUGCGAGAAUGUCGAAACACGCGCGGCGUUGCUUGAAAGUGCCCUCAAAGGACUCUGCUUGGACGAGGUGUGCCUAAUAUGAGAAUAGUUCAGCUAUAUCUUGGCAGCAUGAUAUAGCAGGCACGUAUGCAUAGCCACUGAAAAAUAUGUCGUUCCGCAACGUUGUUGGUUGUUCUCCUUCAACGCAAGAUGCACGCCACAGCGCGGAACUGGCGCGCCGCAAGUCAACCAGACUGUUGAGAGGUGCACGCGGCAGCAGGGAUCUGGAUGCCUUACGGCAGCAGGGUACUGCUGCAUUAGCCGGGUGAUUGCUUCGCUGCUGGGGCAGUUUGUCGGGAGGCCAGGGCCAAAUGGAAUCUCCGUGCACGAAAACCGACGCAGCGGUGCCUACGGUUAGCGCUAGC